AUGGGUGCUAGUUGUAACGAUCAGAGAAAGGCGGUGGCUAUUUGUUUGCAAAGAUCACCUUGUGUUAUGAUUGAAAGAAAUACACCUAAAAAAUGUCUAGAAGAUCCAAAACUACAAAAGGACCUGCCAGAACUUUGCAUAGCACAAAUGAAAGCUUUCAUAGAAUGUAAACGUGGCAUGGUAGACAUGACAAAGAGAUUUACAGGAAAUGGCCCCUUAUCUACUGGAAAAAAUAACGAACAAUACGAGAACUUAUGUUCAGGUAAUUUUGAUCCAAGAGAAGAAAUGAAAAAGGUAGAACGUUGA